UCCCAUCACAUAAAUUUAAAGCCCAACACCCCCACACACCCACUCACCCCUCAACUAAAAGUCCAUCUCAAUGAUGGCACCGGAAACCAAGUUUUUGACCGGUUUCCUCCAUGUGAUUUUACUUUCUGCAAUAGUUAGCAUGUCAGAGAUGACACUCGCUAAAGACGAUAUUACCGAGAUCACAUCACAGACUGGACCAGAAAUGAUAAGACCUGGUGACAUAUACCAUGGGGCUUUACGUAAAAAAUCAGGAAUCAUAUCAGUAACCGGAUCCGAGAUAUGCAAGCUAGGUGACAUAUAUGAUGCCGUUUUAUGUGGUCCGACGCAGGAUUGCGGGUGUUGUACAAGGUGGUGUGAGCUUAAAUGUGCCAUGAUGCUUAGUUCAGUAAGUAACCAGUUGUGUACACCGCUUAUAAAUAACUCCGGUUCUUCUACUUUUACAUGUGAGUGUUGCUGCAAGUCACCUUUUCCUUCAUCUCCGUCCCAUCCACCGCCACCUCCAUCACCCCCUCCACCACAGCUACCUCCGCCAACUCCAUCUCUCACAUGCAAACCAGGUGACAUAUACGAUGUCAUUUUAUGUGGUCCAACAAAUAAUUGUGCAUGUUGCACAAGGUGGUGUGAACUUAAAUGCGCCGUUUUGCUUAGUUCAGUUAGUAACCAAGCAUGUACGCCCUAUGAUUCUUCUACUUUUACAUGCGAGUGUUGCUGCAAAUCAUCUUCUCAUGCACCUCCAUCUCCACCUCCACCACCACUUAAUCCAUCCCUAUCACCCCCACCUCCAUCCCCAUUCCCACAUACCCCACCGCCAUCACCCUCUCCUCCACCUCCACCACCGCAUAUUCCGUCCCUACCACCCCCACCCCCAUCACCAUUCCCACAUACCCCACCGCCAUCACCGUCUCCCCCACCUCCACCACCACAUAAUCCAUCGCCACCUCCGUCACCAUCUCCACCCAUACCUCGUCCACCGCCACCUCCAUCACCACAUAACCAAUCUCCACCUCCCCCACCCCCAUCGGCAUCUCCACCUCCUCCAUCACCAUCUCCACCCCACCCUAUUCCGCCUCCACCUCCACCUCCUCCACCCCCUAUAUCACCAUCUCCACCCCUACCUCUUCCGCCUCUGCUUCCACCAUCUCCACCCCCAUCACCAAUAUAUCCUCCACCUCCGCCUCCAUUUCAACCUCCGCCUCCAUCAUCGUCCCAUCCUCCACCUCCUCCUUCUCCGCUAUUCCCUCCAUUUCAACCUCCGCCACCAUCAACCCAACCCCCACCUCCUCCUCCUCCUCCGCUAUCCCCUCCAUUUUUGCCCCCAUCUCCACCUCCUCCAUCACCGUUACUUCCACCACCACCUCCAGAUGGCGGAGGCGGCGAGGGUGGUGGCGGCGGAGGAGGAGGUGGUGGUGGUGGAGGAGGAGGUGGAGGAGGUGGCGUUGGUGGAGGAGGUGGCGGCGGUGGAGGAGGUGGCGGCGGUGGAGGAGGCGGUGGUGGAGGCAGUUCCCCUCCAUCCCCAUCAACACCACCUUCAUCUCCAUCUCCUCCACCCACAUCCCCACCCCCUUCAAUCACAUCUCCUCCGCCCCCAUCCCCGGACCUUCCGCCUCCAUCUCCGUACCCUCCGCCACCAUCCCAGACGCCACCGUCUCUAUCUCCUCCGCCUACAUCUCCAUCUCCUCCGCCUCCACCCCCUUCUCCACCCUCGCCGCCUGCGUCUCCAUUUCCUCCGCCCUCACCGCCUAAGUCUCCAUCUCCUCCACCCCCAUCCCCUUCUCCGCCCUUGCCGCCUACGUCUCCAUCUCCUCCGCUCCCAUCCCCUUCUCCGCCUCCAUCUCCAUCUCCUCCGCCCCCAUACCCUUCUCCACCCUCGCCGCCUACAUCUCCAUCUCCUCCGCCCCCUUUUUAUCCACCUCCACCUCCAUCUCCUCCGGCCCCGCCACCUCCGUGUCCACCCCCUCCACCCCCAUCCCCAUGUCCAUCUCCACCUCCACCAUCCUCUCCCCCUCCAUGUCCAUCCCUCCACUUCCACCCACGCCUUCACCUGCGCCCUCACCAAACCCUCCAACCUCAAGUUGUCCAGCAGAAUUCGAAAUUCAAAUACCAACAGUACCAGAGCCAUGCGAGUACAUAUUAUUUGAAUCAUCCCCCACUACAACAUAUGCUAGCAGGAGUUUCCUGUCGUAUCCAUCUCCAUCUCCAACUCCAUCUAUAUCUCCGUACCCAUCUCCAUCUCCAUCUCCAUAUUCAUCUCCUCCAUCUCCAUCCCCCCCGGCCUUAAGUUGUCUACCGAUACUUGUAAUUCCAUUUCCAGGAAUUUCAGAACCAUGCUGGUAUAUAUUAGCUUCACCAUCUACUACAACGGCAUCUGCUAGCGGCAGCGCCUUACCUAUUGUAAACGUUAUAGAUAAGACAUCGCAUGAAAAUCGGAAUAUAAUCAACAAAUUUGCCCCUUCAUAUUUGUCUCCUUAUUGGCCUUUAUCUCCAUCCCCAUAUUCAUCUCCAUCUCCAUCUCCAUAUGCGUCUCCUCCAUCGCCAUAUCCAUAUCCAUCUCCAUCUCCCUCUCCAUCUCCAUCUCCAUCGGCGUCUCACCCACCUCCACCUCCACCUCCGCCACCACAUCAUUCAUCCCCCCCCCGCCCCCUUCGUCACCA